AUGACGGGUAUAGGCUACGGCAUGGGGACGAUGAGGGAGUACCACUACAAGACGCGAGAUGCCGUUAUCCAGCAUUACAUCGAACUUCACCCGAAAGAUUUCGAUCAUUUCAAUGACCGAUCCGGCCGUGCAUUCUCACAAAUUUUGUUACCGUGGUAUCCUCGACGCACACAGUAUACGAGAUACGAUUAG